UUAUUGUACAAAACCCUCUGCUCAUUCGUCGAAUUGAUCGGGGCGACUGGGGAAGUGGCGACCGGAGAAAGAAAUAGUUCGACUUCAGAGAGAUUGAAUCAACCUGAGCGAAACCAGAGCUUGUGAUAGGAUAUUUUUUCUUUGCGAAUUGAAAUGGCGUCGGAACCCGAAAACCCUUCCAAAGCCACUGAUGCGACUAAUGGUAGUGGUGCUGAUGUAGAGGAAGAAGGGAAGACUUUGAGUAAGAAGGCGGCCAAGAAGGAAGCCAUGAAACUAGAAAAGUUGAAACGCCAACAAGAAAAGGCGGCAGCGGCGGCUGCAGCAGCGAACAUGACAGAAGGUGAUCCUCUUGCUGGUAAUUACGGUGACGUUCCACUUGAAGAACUGCAGUCGAAGGAUGUGACAGGCCGAAAGUGGACAGAAGUUGGAUUACUAAACGAGGAAUUGAAGGAUAAGGAAGUUUUAAUUCGUGGGCGGGUGCAGACGAUUCGUGCAGUUGGUAAAAAAAUUGCCUUCUUGGUAUUGAGAGAGAAAGGCUGCACGGUUCAGUGUGUUGCAACGGUAGCUCCGGAGCUUGUUAGCGGACAAAUGGUGAAGUUUGCGACAAGCUUAAGUAGAGAGUCUCAUGUCGACAUUCAAGGGGUUGUCUCUGUGCCCAAUGUGCCCGUUAAGGGCACGUCACAGCAGGUGGAAAUUCAAGUGAGGAAACUAUUUUGCAUUAGCAAAGCAGUUCCAAAUCUCCCCAUCAACAUUGAAGAUGCUGCUCGAAGUGAGAGUGAAAUUGAGAAAGCAUUGCAGGCUGGAGAACAGCUUGUUCGUGUUAAUCAGGAUACACGCUUAAACUACAGAGUCCUUGACAUGCGUACCCCUGCUAAUCAAGGGAUCUUUCGUAUUCAAUGUCAAGUUGAAAAUAUAUUCAGGCAAUUCUUGUUAUCCGAAGGUUUUGUUGGAAUCCAUACCCCAAAAUUGAUAGCAGGAUCAAGUGAAGGUGGCUCAGCUGUUUUCAAACUGGAUUACAAAGGGCAGCCUGCAUGCCUGGCACAAUCACCUCAACUUCAUAAACAAAUGGCAAUUUGUGGUGAUUUUGGCCGUGUUUUUGAGAUUGGUCCUGUAUUUCGGGCAGAAGAUUCAUAUACACAUAGACAUCUCUGCGAGUUUACAGGUCUUGAUGUUGAAAUGGAGAUUAAAGAACACUAUUUUGAGGUAUUGGACAUUCUGGACCGCUUAUUUGUUGCAAUGUUUGACAAUCUGAAUGAGAAGUGUCAAAAGGAACUUGAAGCUAUUCAAAAGCAAUAUCCAUUUGAACCUUUGAAGUACUUAAGGAAGACGUUACGACUGACUUUUCAAGAAGGUGUUCAAAUGCUCAAGGAAGCUGGAAUUGAAGUUGAUCCAUUGGGGGAUCUAAACACGGAGACAGAGAGAAAAUUGGGCCAAUUAGUGCUAGAAAAGUAUGGCACUGAGUUCUAUAUACUUCACCGAUAUCCUUUGGCUGUUAGACCAUUCUACACCAUGCCAUGUUAUGAUGAUCUUGCAUACAGUAAUUCAUUUGACGUUUUCAUUCGAGGUGAGGAAAUUAUAUCUGGAGCUCAGCGUAUCCAUGUACCAGAAUUUUUGGCUACUCGUGCAGAGGCAUGUGGCAUUGAUGUCAAGACGAUAUCUACAUAUAUUGAUUCGUUCCGGUAUGGUGCACCACCGCACGGUGGAUUCGGAGUGGGGUUGGAGCGUGUGGUAAUGCUCUUCUGUGCACUCAACAAUAUCCGCAAAACAUCACUUUUCCCUCGUGACCCACUGAGGAUUGCUCCUUGAAAUUUUAUCAUCAAAUGAGUUACCUGUUUAAUUUAAGAUUAUGCCUUUGAAAUUCUUAUGCUAAGAAAUUUUAAAACAAGGUUUUAUUUUCUUGAAUGGUAUUGAUGUGUCACUAUUUUUAUAUGGAAGGAAGUUUUCUGACAAAGCUUGAGCUGAUAUUGUUAAAACGUUGCCAGCAAGCAUGCCUUGAGCGACGUUACAUAUAUUGUUGAAACUUAAAAGUGGACCUUUCUUGUCAGUCUAA